AUGUCGAUGCUUGUGUUCAAAAAUGCUACUUCUGCCGACCUUCUGGACACCAUAGGUAGGCUGAAGACUCUACUUGACCGCAUCAAGGACGAGAAGCUCUUUGUGUUUACGUCUUUGCUGCUUGCUGCUGCUCUGACAAACACGCUUCAUUCAGCGAAAUCGCUGAGAUCUUUGACUGAAUUCUCAGGGGACAGCUUUGUGUUCGAGGACAUGUACGCGCGCGAGAUGUCCGUGCCACUGAUGAUUCUGCAAGGACACGAGACUUUGAGAGCCUUCUUGUUAGACAGGUACAGAGGCAGCAACGCUGAAUCUUUCGUCGUAGAGGGAAACUACAAUAUCACAAUUGGUCGACGUGAUGGCCCAACCUUCGGUCAGGAGUACCUCGACUCACCUGUCAGCUUCAGGAGUGUAAAACGUCUCAUCCUAGCAGUUCAAUGGCGUCAAAUUGUCCGCAGGUGCCCAGAUUGCAACCAUGAGCUCAAGAUAUACGCCGGGAUGUGGAUCACCUGUGUAUUCUGUCAACGAUCUUAUUUUGUGCGUGCAGGUCCAUGGUCAGGAGAAGCCACUUCUGUAUAUGACCGUCGAGACAUCAGAUCUGCGACGCCCCCAGCUGAUAAACUGAUACAGAAUUCAGGUUUGCGACCCGAGGUUGCCCUUGCACAUAGGAGCGAUACACAUAAUAUCUGCAACACCUCAUUCGGUGCCUUGAAAAACAUCGAUUUUGAUCUAUCUGUCGUGUAUCUACAAAUGGCUGAGGACUUGGACCCAGACGAUUGGUAUUACGACAGCGAAACUGAGUGGGAUGACAGCAUCUUUGAUUCACAAAAUCCAGAAAACUUCUCUACCCCGCCGAUACAGUUCUCUAUGUACGACAGAAUUAGAGAGCUGCAGAAGAACUUUCCAGAGCUUAUCUCAUCAAUCGCAACAACCGAGCGAAUUGAUGGGGACGAAAGACUUGCUAUGUUACCAGGACGAAACGAUCUAGAGAACCAGGCCCAACAGCACAAAGAGGUUGACCUAUUACUGCCGCGCAACCAUCUAGAAGUCCCAAAUGCUAGGGGGUUUUCAUCGUCCAGCGACCGUAUUGUUUUUAAAGGCAUACGUCCCGAGAAAUUCAGUCCUCAAGAUAGCAGCAAGUCGCGCCUAUUUAAGGUCUUCUACAAUCACACAUGCUGGUUUCUGGCUUGGACUUUUUUAGUCGUGGACGACGCUCUACCCUGUGCCAUCGACUUUAGCUUUAUGGGAGAGCUGUUCUCACACAGUGCCACAAACUCUGGAAUUGCGUGGCAUAGCCGGCCAAGAUUCAGCCUCCGUCGCGGCAAUCUCGAUGAAGGGCUUGAUGCAGAAUUCGAAGUUCUACCACUUUCAAGCGAGACCUCAAACUUGCCAGUCAUUAGACUCAAUGCAAGGUUCUUUCGGGCCUGUCGUUCAGGAUUGCUGCCUACUUUUCUAGUACAUGGAAUUCUUGAACAUUCGGAUGAUUGGGAAAUAUACCUCGAAGCACUUGACGAAUGA